AUGAUACACCAACAAACCGCUUCUACCUUAGUCAACGGGUCGCGACUUAAACUUGCUUCCUCAUUAAUUACUUCCUCCACCACCGUCAAGUCUUCCACCCCCAGCAUCCGCCCCUCCUCUGAAGACUCCGUUCCUCGCCGAUCUCACCAGACCAUGGCCGCCGCCGCCGCCCCUCCCUCCGCGCCCACCGCGACGACACGUCCCCCGGGUACCUAUUUCCCUCUCGGCUACAAGGAUGCCGUCUACCAAUGGUGGACAAGUGUAACUCCCCAAGUCGCCGAGCGGAACGUCCUCAGCCACAUCCCCUACCUCAAAGAAGCCCGCGAGAACGCCUCCCUAGAUUCCGACAAGGCGUCGGACCCUUUUGGCCCGCGAGUAUGGAAGUCGCAGAUGGUCGAGCUCUCCGGGAAGAACCGCGCCCUAAACGAGUACUCCGUCGAGCGUGUCGGCGAGGACGUCGACAACAACCUCGUCAUCCUCCACGGCUACGGUGCCGGGCUCGGUUUCUUCUACAAGAACUUCGAGCCCCUCUCCCGCCCAAAGGGCUGGAAGCUCUACGCCCUCGACAUGCUGGGCAUGGGCAACUCCGCAAGGCCGCCUUUCAAGGUCUCUGCCAAGGACCAGGAGGGCAAGACGGCCGAGGCCGAGGCCUGGUUCAUUGAUGCCCUUGAAGAGUGGCGGAAGAAGCGCAACAUUGACAAGUUCACACUCAUCGGCCACUCCCUUGGCGGCUACCUCUCCAUCGCCUAUGCGCUAAAGUACCCCGGCCACCUCAAGAAGCUCAUCCUUGCUUCCCCUGUCGGAAUCCCUGAGGACCCGUACGCCGUCAACUCAGCCAUGCCCGAGCCCGAGGAAUCGACAUUCCAAAACGAGUUCACACAGGACCAGAACACUGUCACAAGCGACAACCAAAACUCCAUCACGUCCCGCGCCAGUAAGAGCCAUGAAAAGAACUCCAACAAUGCGCCGAAGCGUCCUCUGCCGGGCUGGCUCGUCUGGCUAUGGGACGCCAACGUCUCCCCCUUCAGCAUCGUCCGCUUCACCGGUCCCCUGGGCCCGCGGUUCGUCUCUGGCUGGACCUCGCGUCGCUUCAACCAUCUCCCCGAGGCUGAGUCGCAAACCCUGCACGACUACGCCUUCUCCAUCUUCCGCCAGAGGGGCAGCGGCGAGUACGCGCUGCCCUACAUCCUCGCCCCGGGCGCAUACGCCCGCAGCCCCAUGGUCAACCGGAUAGACGGUGUUGGCCGGCAGAUCAUUGAGAAGAAUGGCGAGAAGAUCAAGGAGACGGGUGUCCCUGUCGUCCUGAUGUAUGGCGAAAACGACUGGAUGGACGUUGCUGGCGGGUACGCCGCAGAAGAGAAGCUUAAGCAGGCGAAAUUGCAGGCCCUUCUUAAAGGGACUGACGAAGAGAAGAGGAGGGAGAGGGGGUCCGCCAAGGUUCUAAUUGUCCAGAAGGCGGGACACCACCUGUACCUCGACAACGCUGACCAGUUCAACGACUUUAUAUUGAAGGAGCUGGAAGAGACGCAAAAAAGCGAGGUGUAG